UCUCGGUCAAUAUGGCGGACGCAGCGCGAGUCGUAAAAGUUGGUUCACGCAAGAGUCAGUUGGCUCUUAUUCAAACUAAUGUCAUUGUGGAUGAACUGAAGAAGCUUUGGCCAAACACUUCAUUUGAAAUUGUUUCCAUGUCUACCAUAGGAGAUAACAUUUUAGAAAAACCAUUACCCAAGAUUGGAGAAAAAAGUGUAUUUACAAAGGAAUUAGAAGUCGCCUUGGCAAAUAAAAGUGUGGAUUUUGUAGUUCAUUCACUGAAGGAUCUUCCAUCCACUCUUCCACCAGGAAUGUUAAUUGGGGCUGUCUUCAGGCGAGACAGUCCUUAUGAUGUGGUUGUCUUUCAUCCUAAACACAAAGGUUCCAAUCUCGCUUCUUUACCCAAAGGGAGUGUGAUUGGGACAAGCUCACUAAGGCGUAGUGCACAACUUAAAAGAUCUUUUCCUCAUUUGCUUAUUGAAGAUGUCCGUGGAAAUCUGAACACUAGACUCAGCAAGCUUGAUGCUGGUGAUAAAUAUGACGCUCUCAUCUUGGCAGCUGCAGGAAUGGACCGCAUGGGUUGGGCGGAACGUAUUGAGCAGGUUCUUGGUCCUGAUGAGUGCUUGUAUGCUGUAGGACAGGGAGCUCUAGCAGUUGAAGUUAAUCUUGACGAUAAACAAACCAUUGAAUUAGUGUCCAAACUGAUCGAUAGAGACACCAGUAUCUGUUGCGCUGCUGAGAGAAACUUCUUGAGGACUUUGGAGGGAGGAUGCAGCGUUCCCAUUGGAAUAACCUCCAGCCUGGAUGGCAAUCAGUUAACCAUGACAGGUGCUGUGUUUAGCUUGGACGGAACAGAAUGUCUCAAGGAGACUGUAACGGGAACCCUCCCAGACCCUUCAGUCCAGGAUGGUAGCUGCCCUCAUGCCAUACUCACCCAGUCGAGUAUUUAUGUCCCAACGGGAAUGCGUGACAUCAUUGUAACAGCUGAAAAACUGGGCGGGACGUUAGCGCAGGCCUUAAUCGCCAGAGGAGCUGAGAAAGUACUGCGUAAGGCUAGAGAAGGAAAGGACCUCGUGCAACAAUGACGGAAUGGAGCGCAAAUAGACGAUUUUUGCUUGAAAAUUCGAAUGAAUAUCUUAGCCACUGCGCACCCACCCCUCCCCUAACUCAAUAUUAGCCUGGACGGCUAUCGGUUGACUGUUGUUGGGUUAGUGGAGGUGUACGUGCACAGUGGAUCUGAAGCUAACGUUGUUCCGAAAAUUCUUACAUUCAAGUGCUGAUUAAAUCGAUCAAAAUUUCGGGUGUAAUUUUAACAAAAUGGAAUGGGAUUUUUUUUGGGCUUUUAAUUUACUUUCGUCACGCAGUCAUUUUCUUCCCCUCACGAAAUGUUUUUCCGAGUGAGCAUUAAUAUGCAUGUUUUAGUAGAUGGGCAAAGAGAAUAAAAAAAUUUUUAUUCAA